AUGGCUGCGGCCGGCGAUCAGCUGGACCUAAGCGGGAUAGUCCUCGACCCCCCAGUGGAACCGACGACUGCCGGGAGCCCGAUUGAUUGGAGCGGUAUCACUAUUGAGCCUCCAAUCGAUCCGGCGACCGGCGGAAGCCAGGUGGACUGGAGUGGUGUCAGCUUGGAGGCUCCCGUGAGCACGACCACUGGGGGCAAUCCGGACUGGUCCAACGACACUCCUGAAGACCAGGGGAGUACAGCGACGGAGCAGCCGAACAAUAAUAAGUAA